AUGACGGUGGUCCUGGAGAAAGACUCCAUGCCGGGCAUCGAUGAGAACUUUCUGCAGCUGAGAGACGCUUCGUGCUCGCUCUCCUCCAACAGCACUCACAUCAUGGGCAGCAUGUCAUUCAGCACCUGUGGCACUAAAAUAGAGGAUAAAGGGGACUUUAUCGCCUUCACCAAUGAGAUCAACUCCUUUGUGCUUCCCUCUGAGGUUAUAGUCAGAAGAAAGACGGUUAAGAUUGGUUUCUCCUGCCAGUUCCCCAAAACCAUCAGCAUCUCCAGUUACUUCUCCCUCCACAAAUCAGAUUACAUCUUCACCGAGUCUGGCUUUGGCAGCUUUGGCUACACAUUUGAGAUUUUCCGUGAUGGAGGCUUUUCAAAGAAGGUGCCGGCCAAGGCCUACCCAGUGGAGGUGAAGCUGCUGCAGAUCAUUUACAUGGGCAUCCAGGCUCAGUCUGAACUUCCAGACGUCAAAGUGUUUGUGGAAUCGUGCAAAGCAACUCCUGAUGACGACCCCGACAACAGCCUGUCAUACAGCCUCAUCGAGAACGGCUGUAUUAAGGACGAGACACUCAAAGUCUAUGCAUCUAGUGAUCCAACUUCAUUCAACUUUGAGGUUCAAGCCUUUAAAUUUACAGGGAACUAUGACCAGGUCUACAUCACCUGCUCUGUCAUCCUCUGUGAGUCCAGCAGUCCCUUCUCCAGGUGUGCUCAGGGCUGUCUGAAGGAACCGUCCCGCCGACGCAGAAGCACACUGAGCAAGGAGACAGUCGGACACUCCAUUACCCAGGGUCCUCUGCGGUUUGUCCGCCAGGCUGUUCCAGAGGCUGCAGUGGAUGAAGAUGAAGUUAUGAUGAUGAACAGCGGCACGUCAGAUAUGAAGAAUGAUGAUGUCCAUUUGAUGAUCAAGAAUAACACAUCUGAUGAGAUGAUGAGGAGUAACACGUCUGCUAAAGUGGUUCCUCCAUCACUUCCCACUGAAAUUCAUCCAAAUGAAGAGGGCUGGAAGAUAAAGGAUCUCCUGAACACCAACGUCAGCACCAUCUUCUUUGCCACAGCUUUCUUAGUGUCUCUGGUGGUGAUGGCCGUGCUCAUUCGUCACUUCAGCAAAAAGAGAAAGGCAGAAGACAGAAAGUCUCUCAUCAGCUCAGGCUGGUAG